UGCUGAAAUUUCAGGAGCGAGACAGUGACGGUGCUGCCUCAGCCUCAGUCUUAUACUCUCUGCCUCUCCGCCUCUCGGGUCCGCGCCUCAGACUGAGGUGUAAAGGUAGUCGUGUGCAGUAAAAGCUGCAAGAACUGAGCCUGCGCCGCUCCGCUUCAAUGUAUCACAGAGAGCCGCUCUCACCGCGGGGAUGGACGCCAGCGACCUGUUCUCGUGCUGUAGGAAGGGCGACGUGGCCAGAGUCAGAUACCUGGUUGAACAGCGAGAUGUGGAACUGAACAUACGAGAUAACUGGGACAGUACACCUCUUUACUACGCAUGCCUCUGUGGACAUGAGGAGCUGGUGCAGUAUUUAUUGGCCAGUGGAGCGAAAUGUGAAGCGAACACGUUCGAUGGAGAGCGAUGUCUGUAUGGCGCUCUGAGCGACUCCAUACGCCGCCUGCUCAAGGAGUACAAGCGCAUCACGGCUAAAACCAUGCAGCGGGAUUACUAUGAGCAGUUCCUGCAGACGCUCCUGGAGCAGGGCUCAUACAGCGACGUGACGUUCAUGGUGCACGGCGAGAUGUUCCGCACGCACCGCUGCAUCCUGAGCGCCCGCUCCGAAUACUUCGCCCACAUGCUGGAGACCAAGUGGAAGGGCAAGACCAUGAUCGCUCUCAAACAUCCACUGGUGAACCCGGCUGCGUUCGCCGCCAUCCUGCAGUACUUCUAUAUAGGUCACCUGGACAUCGACGUGAGUUACGUGGAGGACUGCAAGCGUCUGGCCAAGCAGUGUAAAAUCAGCGAGCUCAUCGACGAGCUGGAGGUCAAGUGCAAGCAGGUGCAAGAGUUUGUGUCCAAUAAGCCGGGGACGUGCGUGAAGGUGCUGACUCUGGAUCCUCACGACUGGCAGCUGCAGGACGGCAUGGCGCUGUUAGCAGACAGUGCUCUUCCCGCUGACCUCAGGGUGGGAUACGGACAGCUUCCUUUUGAUUUGACUGACAGUUUUCCGAGCUACCCAGACGUCUGCUUCCGGGUGGACGGGUACGACUUCCUGUGCCAUAAGGCGUUUUUCUGUGGCCGUAGCGAUUACUUUAAAGCGUUGGUGGAAGAUCAUUUCAGUGAAGGAGAAACGCUGCAGUCUCUCCCUGAAGUUCCCGUCAUCACGCUGCAUGAUGUAUCUCACGAGCUUUUCACCAAAAUCCUCUACUACAUCUACAGCGAUAACACUCAGCUGUCCCACGAUAGCGUGUACGAGGUGCUGUGUGUAGCAGACAUGUACCUGCUGCCGGGUCUGAAGCGCCUGUGCGGUCGCACCCUGGCCGCGCUGCUGAGCGAGGAAAACGUCCUGCACAUGUGGAAGACGGCCAAACUGUUCAGCCUGUCUCGGCUGGAGGACCAGUGCACGGAGUACAUGGCCAAGAUCAUCGAGAGGCUGGUGGAAAGGGCGGAGUUUGCCGAGCUGAUCCGAGAGGACGCCGCGAGCGUGGCGGCGCGCCAGGAGACGGACUCCAUCCCGCUGGUGGACGACAUCCGCUACCACAUCAGCAGCAACGUGCAGACGUACAGCGCCAUCGAGGAGGCCAACCAGAAAGUGCACGCCCUCGAGCUCCUGCUCAGCUACAUCGGCCUGGACUGCUGAACACACACACACACGCGCGCUUGUAGGGACAUGCUUAAGAUAACACGACGUGACUGUAACGAGGUUUACGGCUUUAUUUAUGCUUUCCGUGCAUCUGAUAUAAGUAGCAUUCAGUUUUAAAAUAACAGUCUGAUAUUUAUCUUGAACUCGCACUGAUAUACAGCAACACCGAGUGAUGUUUAGGGGAAAAAAAGCUUUAAGUAAGUUUACUUAUUGUUUUAACUUUAGAUUCGAUUUAGUUCUUAUUAACCUGAAGACGAUCUUUCGUGUGUGUGUGUGUGUGUGUGUGUGUGUGUGUGUAUUCGUUUAGCAUGGUUACAUAUCAACAGAGUUACAGUUACAGUGAUGUAUAGGCUGCACAGUAAUGCAGAAAAUAUUAUUUCUUUACAAUUAUUUAGGCAAGUUAUGAAAAAAAAUAGUAAAUGGUUUAGUGCGUUGUUUUGAAUAAACAGAAGAUUUAAUUAUCUGUCACAUUAUACUUCUUAAGCCUAUGCAAUUACGAGCGAAUGAAUCAUUUCUGAGCGAUGGUUUAUCUUCUAAUAUAAUUGAGAAAAGAAAAGAAAAAAAUAAGCCACAGGAAUCCUGUGAACCAAAACGUAUACAUAAUACGAGCGGAUUAUCUUUAGCUGAGAUGACUAACGAUGGGGUUAAUUAUGUUGAAUUAAUUAAGGAGCCUGCUGGUAUUCUGCACAGCUGUAAUGGAAACACCGUUUUUAAUAACUGUAAUAGCUUCCUUUCCUUACUGAAGUCAUUCUUUACCUAAAAGUUGCCCUACAGGCUUGGCAGGGAGCUAUUGAGUACAAAUUACGAUCCAGAUUACGCAAAAAUUGUACAGAUUAUGUUUCUUAAAAAGACAAUUCGGUGAUUGUGUUAAGCUUAAAAUGCGCCAUGAAAGCAUGUAAACAUGCAUAUGUGAGAGCUCGUUUUAUAAUGCACCAGUCAAUAUUUGAGCUAACUAGCAAUUUUAGCUAAGCUCGUUAAUAGUAAUAAUAAUAACAACAAUAAUAAUAAUAAUAACAAUAUUAUUAUAUGUUUUUCAAGUUUGAACGCACUUAUUAUAAUAAUACUUAACAAUAGUGCUUUCGUUCUCAUGCGGCCUUUUAAAUAAGACUUUAUGUAGAGGAUUAGAAAUGUGUUAUUAGACAGAUAAAAAAAAAAAAAACAGUGCAAAAUAUAAAAUUCUGCUUGUUUGACAUUUGUUUGUUUAUUUCUCUCUAUAAUCCCCUGCUACACUAAUGCACUUAUCCCAGCAUUUCACUAGUGCUUGGACACCAUCAAGGUAACGCUGGCCUCCCAGGAACUCCUUUAAUGGCUCAAACAUGUGCCCGUACUGUGCUUGAGGUCUUGUGUAAACGUCAAUCGCUUUCAUGGCUCAAUUCACCAGAAAUCUCAUCACAAAUCCCUGUUUGACUUGAACACCCUGCUCGUAUUCAUAUCUUGGUGUAGAUGUACGAGUCUAAACGCAGUCCUCACUUGGCCUGUUCCGGUCACAGACUGGGGUCAGAGCGGGCCAGGAAAAAGUUAUUUUAAAUCAAUUCUUAGGUUCUGACACUUUUUUUCAAGUCUUCGUUUAAUGUAUUUGUUGCAUGCCACUAAAAAUUUGCACCUGGCUUAUUAGUUGAAUUCGUGAUUCUUAAUUCUGAUUGGUCAGCAAAUCUGAUGUUAGCGCAAAUCACAGUGUGUGUUCAUUUUAAUACGUUGUAAUUUCUGCAGUAAAAUCACAAAUAGACUCGUUGUGUUGAAAUGUUUUGUUAGGACAUUUCAUUUAGUUUAUUUAGGAUUUAUGUAAGGAGUCUCCAGUGUCAGAGUUUUCAGUCGCAGCAAAGACUUCACGAUAGAACGCUUUGUGGCUAUUUUCUUAAAAUUAUGUAUUACCUUUAAUAAUUACUAAUUGAUUUAAAGGAAAAAUCUAUAAAAAAAAGAA